GUUUAAAACAAGGGAAAAGCCCGAGAACGUUGUUUGACGAUUAAUUAUGGCGAAUUUUCAGCCAGGGACAGCUGCGGUUCCUUCAACUCAAGUUGAAAUCAGUGUAUCCUGUCGAAAUCUACAAGACAGAGAUGCAUUUUCAAAGUCAGAUCCAAUUUGUGUUCUAUCUAACAAAGAUGUUCGUACAAAUACUUGGUAUGAGUUUGGAAGAACAGAAAUGAUUAAAGACAGCUUAAAUCCAGAAUUUGUCAAGAAAUUUAUGAUGAAUUUCAUGUUUGAAGAAUCACAGAAAUUGAAAUUUGAAAUUUAUGAUGUUGAUUCUCCAAGCUCUAGACUUGAAGCUCAGGACUUUUUAGGAAGACUUGAGUGCACACUUGGGGAAAUUGUGGGGCUUGGUGGAAAGAUUGAAAAAAAGUUGGAAGGUAUUAAAGGAUUGGGACAAAUUACAGUUAGAGCAGAAGAGGUCAGCUCCUGCAAGGAGUCAGCAACGUUACAUUUUAAUGCUACUAAAUUGGACAAGAAAGAUUUUCUGGGCAAGUCGGAUCCCUUCCUGAUUUUUUACAAGGCAAAUGAAGAUACCAGUUACACAGCCGUACAUAAAACAGAGGUGAUAAAGAAUACUCUGAAUCCAACAUGGCGACCUUUCUUAAUACCUCUACGGACAUUAUGUAAUGGAGAUUAUGACAGAUCUAUCAAAGUAGAAUGUUAUGACUGGGACAGUGAUGGGAGCAGCCAUGAUUUAAUAGGAAUUUUCACAACAAAUAUGAAUCUAUUAAAGAAAGGUCAAUGUCCUGAUAAUGAUUAUGAUUGUAUUAAUCCCAAGAAAAAGGCUAAGAAAAAGGGAUAUAAGAAUUCAGGACAGGUACACUUACUCACUUGCAAGAUAGAACAAAAUCCCACAUUCCUUGAUUAUGUGAAAGGAGGAACAUCAUUAAAUUUCACAGUUGCAAUAGACUUCACAGCAUCUAAUGGUAACCCAUCACAGUCCACAUCAUUACAUUAUCUUAAUCCGUAUCAACCAAAUCAAUACUCAGCAGCCAUUCAGGCUGUAGGGGAGAUAAUUCAGGAUUAUGACAGUGAUAAACAGUUUCCUGUGCUGGGAUUUGGUGCAAAACUCCCAGACGGAUCAGUAUCACAUGAGUUUCCAUUGACAUUUAACCCCCAGAACCCUUAUUGUGCUGGACUUCAGGGAAUACUAUCAGCUUACUACAAUGCUCUACAAAAAGUGCAAUUAUAUGGACCAACUAAUUUUUCUCCAGUCAUUAAUCAUGUAGCAAGGUUUGCCGAGACCAACAGGGAUGGAAGCAAUUACUUCGUAUUAUUGAUCUUAACAGAUGGAGUCAUAACAGAUUUGCAUAAUACUAUUGAAUCAAUUGUUAAGGCUUCCAAUCUUCCAUUGUCUAUUAUCAUCGUGGGAGUCGGUAAUGCAGAAUUCGAUGCUAUGGAUGUAUUAGAUGCAGAUGAUAAAAGACUAUGUUCUAAUGGUAAAUAUGCAGUGAGAGACAUUGUUCAGUUUGUUCCAUUUAGAGAUUUUCUUGGUGGGAAGUUUGGUAGUAAUAUGAAUAUUUCACAGGCAGCAUUAGCUAAAGAAGUACUGGCAGAAAUACCUGAUCAAAUAAUUCAAUACAUGAAAGCUCAUGGUGUCAAACCAAAACCAGCUAAAGCAAACGUUCAACUUCCAGGACAACAAUCAAAUGUUCCUAGUCAACCACCACCUUCAUUUCAGCAAUCUCAAGGUCAACCAGGGUAUCCUCAAGGUCAAGGGCAGGCAAUGCCACAAGCUGGCUAUCCUGGCCAAGCAAGCUUUAAUGGAAGGCCUCCACAAGGAGGUGGACCUCCAGGUGGACCACCUUAUCCUGGAGGUCAGAGUGGACCACCAUCAGGUAGUGCUCCACCCUACCCACAAGGCCAAGGAGUACCACCAGGUAGACCUCCUCCACCACAAGUAGGGUCACAGCAAAGUGGUGCACCUCCAUAUCCUGCACAGGGUCAAACUGGCACACAGCAAAGUGGUGCACCUCCAUAUCCUUCACAGGGUCAAACUGGCAUGCCAUCAGCGCCACCUCCAUAGAAGACAGUCCUUGUUAAAACAGAAUCUUGAACAAAACUACAUUAUACACAAAUGUGUGGAAAUUUAAAGUUUUAAAAAAUGUCUGUAAUGGUAUAUGGAUGUUAUUUUGUGCUUUUAAUUUUUCCUAUAUAUUCAAAAUGAUAGAUAUUCGACCAAACAAAUACAGAAAUAACUUCUACAUCUUAAAACUUGUGUAAAACAAUUUGAUUUCCUACUUUUUUAAGGAAUUAAUCAGAACUUAAGAACUCUUUGGUCCAUUGAUCCUCUAAUAAUACGCAAUGCCUUCUAUAUUCUUAAUCUAUAAUGACGUCAUCUACAUUUUGGCUAGGCAAAACCCAAAACAUGUAUUGAAAUGAAGUCUGAAUUAGCUAGUAAUAUGUUAGGAGGGUUUGUGCAACACAGUGCCAUAUAAAAUCCAAUUGAAUUAAGAGACUUUUAACACUUUAGCAUAACACAUCCUUUUUUAAAAAUUAUAAAGAUUUUCCUAAGACUCAAACUAAAAUAAGUUUCAUAGACUUGGGUGAUUUAAUGAAAUGAGCAAUGCUAAACAAAUGAAAACUGCUUAUGAUAUUAUUGUUCUGAAAUAAGGUUGUUACUUAUACGACAUGUUAGUAAAAUGUUCUAUUAUUUAAAAAUAAAAGUAAGCAGGUUUUCUUUCUUAAAAAAUGAUAAACCAGAUCAAACAAUUUUGCCCUUAUAUACAAGGACAAAACAACUGAUACCCCAAACACCCUGAGACUGCUGGAAAUAUAUAAUUCUGUUUUAUUUAUAUUUUGUUAUGCUAAUAAAAAAGUAGUUUGCUUUUUUUGCUUGCCAGUGUUGGAAAGGAUUAUUUUUUUGUACUAGGCAUUGGAGCUGAUUUCAUAGAUUUUAAAUUUAGAUUGAUUAACUUUAGGUACUUCAUUAAAUCAACAGACACAACAAUAAUGCUUGAAUUUCAUACUUAUAAUUUGUUUUUUACUUAAACUAUUGUGUUUAUUUACUAAGUAAAAUUGAGAAAGGAAAUGGUGAAUAUGUCAAAGCGACAACCACCCGACCAUAGAGCAAACAACAAGUGUUUACAUUUAACAUAUUGUUUUUGACUGAUUGAUAUGAAAAUUGUUAAUGGUUUUUUUUCUUUCAUUUUGUUAAUUUAUUCACAUGUAAUCAACUAUUCAUACUUUUAUUGUUUAUUUUAUAUUAAGCUGCAUAUAUAAAUUACAAAUGUGCAAUAAAUGAGCUUCAAUCUCAUGUAGACUAUUUAUAGUAUCUGAUAUUGUCAGUAUGGUCAUUAAAGUGCUUUAUCUGUUAUACAUGUGCCUAUUUAAAUGAGCAAAACAUUUUGUUGAAUCGAAGACUUCUUUGUAUAUUUUAGGUAAAUAAACCAAAACAUUUGAAUUCAAUUUCAGAAUUUUUUCUUUGUUGUUGCUCAAAACAUUAUAUAACUUGUAAUAUAAUACAAAUGUAAUUUAAAAUUAUAAAAUUAUAAAAUAUUGAAGAAAAAAACAAUGAUGUAAAAAUCUGUGGCAUUUUAAAUAAAAUAUUUUUUUUUUUUACAGAAUCUCUUGGCAUUUUUAUACCUGGCAUUUCUGUCAUAAAGUUUUGCUAAGUACUCAUAUCACAAAUUGUGUGCUCAAAGCAUUGAAUCUGGCAUUUUCAUUGGUUGGUUUCUGAGUCCAGUAUAGUAUUCUUAAAUUUUAUAUGACUAAGGCAAGCAAAAGUAAUUGAUUGGCAUGGCAUAUUACUGUAUAUGUAUGGUUCUAAAAUUGAAACAUUUUUUUUUUAUCUAAUUCCAUACUUAAACAUAGGCGCUUUUUUUUUUAAUUUCUUAUCAUUUAAAAAAAAAUGAUAAAAUUAUCAUAAACUAUGAAUUUAAAAAGGAACGAAAAGAUACUGUAUCAUACAUACACAUUUUGGGAAGUUUUCAAUAUAAUUACAUAUCUUUUGGCAUCAAUUUUACCCUGUGCAAAUGUUUUAGUUCAUUUGAAUGCAUUGUACAGGAUAGUAAGAUACUAACCAAGAACUCAUUAAAUAUUUUAACUAUUUCUUCUAGAUCUUCAACUGAGAAUAAAACCUAACAUGACCCAAUAAAUGGUAUAAUCUGUCAGUUUUAGAGAAUAUGAGCUUUGGGAAAGAUUACUUCCAUUCUGUCAAUGUAUUUUACUUGUACAUGUGUAUUAGUUUUUCUAUGCCUUUGUAUUUAAUGUUGAUAUCUUAUACAUUUUAAUUGUUAUUUAUGUUAUAAAAUAUAUUUACAAUACAUUAAUAAAUACAUUUAGUGAA